AUGGCUAUGGUUGGACCAAAUGGGUCUGGUAAAUCAAAUCUUAUGGAUACCAUUAGUUUUAUUCUAGGUGAAUCUACAAAAAGUUUAGGUGUUCGAAAAUUAUCUGUAUAACAAAUUGAAUCGAUUGCCAUGAAAACACCUAAAGAAUUUAUAGCUAUGAAAACUCUUCUUGCUGUUGAAAAGGCUCACAUAGCUCAUGGUGAAGUAAUAGAAAAAUAUGAAAAAAAUUUACUUGAAAUUGAACGAUUAAGACGAGAAUAUGAAGAUAAAUUACAAAAUGAAUCAACUUAG